UAGCAUAGGGCAAUUCUAUUUGUAGGUUUUAUCUUUGUUUUGGUACCUCUACCCCAUGUGGUUAAAGCAACACUACUUCUACUUUCACUAACAAUUCCUUCCUUUUAGUAGGUUCUCUACACUAUUUCAAUCAUUCCUUCUUUUGGGUAUUACUCAAGUUAGCCACAAAAGUUGUCAGAUAAAGCAAAAAAUCUAUCUCUCUUUAUCUGUCCCUUCCCUUUACCAUCCCAUUCUCAAGAAACAAAAUCAGUUCAAACCCCAUUUCAAAAAUCAACUUUUUUUUGGCUACCCAAAAGACCCAGAAACUUCCCCUUUUGUUUUGUUGAUGUGUUCAAGGAAAAAAAGACAACUUUUUUGCUUUUUGACAUAGAGAGACAAAAAACCAGAAACUUUUUCAGAAAAUUUUGUUACUUUUUGCUAUGAAGGAGUUUCCUUCUUGUUUUGGAGAAAAUGGUGUUCAGGUUGCUGAUUCGUCAAGUUCCACAAUAAGAGCACCUCAAAAUGCUGUUACUUGUGUUUAUCUAUGCAAAUUAAGAGACCAUUCUUGUUUUAUCACAGUUUCAUGGACAAAAACUCUGAUGGGUCAAGGCCUAAGUGUUGGAAUUGAUGAUUUGAUCAACCAUUGUCUCUGCAAAGUUGAAAUAAAACCAUGGUUGUUCUCAAAGAGAAAAGGGUCAAAGAAUUUGGAGGUUCAAUUUGGUAAAGUUGAGAUCUUUUGGGACUUUAGUUUUGCUAAAUUUGGUUCUGGGCCUGAACCAUUAGAGGGAUUUUAUUUAGCAGUUGUUUUCAAUCAUGAAAUGGUGUUGCUCUUAGGAGAUCUGAAAAAUGAAGCAUGCAAGAAGAUUCACAAUAAAAGUAACUUCGUUGUUGAUUCUCAUUCUAGUGCUGUUUUUAUUGGAAAGAAAGAACAUAUUUUUGGGAAGAUGUUUUAUGGCACAAAGGUUAAAUUUUUUGACAAGGGUCAAGUUCAUGAUGUCAAAAUUGAGUGUGAUCUUGUUGGGCUUAAUGAACCAUGUCUUGUGAUUAGAAUUGAUAGUAAGACAGUGAUGAAAGUGAAGAGACUCAAGUGGAAAUUCAGAGGGAAUCACACCAUUUUGGUGGAUGGUGUUCCUGUUGAAGUGUUUUGGGAUGUGCAUAAUUGGCUUUUUGGAAAUGCUAUUGGAAAUGCUGUUUUUUUGUUCCAAACUUGCAUUUCAACUGAGAAGCUGUGGGAAGUUCAAUCAGUUUUGGAUUCACAGUUGAAAGAUUUUGGAUUCUCUUUGGUUUUGUAUGCUUGGAAGAAUGAAUAGUCAAUAAUACUGUUUGUUAGUCACAAUUUUCUUUCAACAACGAUAUAAAUUGGAACUUCUAUACUUGUUCCUUUUCUUAUAUUGCUAAUUACAUGCUCUUGAUUUUCUUUAUGCUAAAACUUAUGUAAUCCCUUCUUAUUGUUUCUAAAUCGGCUUCAGAAAUUGUUAUUAUUCGUGUAAUGUGAAAUUGUAAAUCUCUCAAACCACCUUAUCAAACCUUAUCAUUGUAACAUUGAAUUUUCACUCACGUUUGUUUUAGGAAUUAAAGAGCAUGCACUCUUAAGUCUAAUUGUUUUGCAUUGACA